AUGUCAGUCAAUAAAAAUAUAAGUAGGUCUACUAAACGUAGACGAUUUUUGGAGGAUCUGGAAAUGGUUGAUUAUUUGUAUGACAAUGAUAAAAAUGUAGAAUGUGAAUUACAACCAAGUACAUCAUAUGAAGUAGAUUAUAAUUUAGCCAAUGAAAAUACAAAUUUCUCAGCAUCAAAUGCCAAUAAUCCAUUUUCUGACAUAAAAUUACCUGGUAGUCCAAUCUCAUGUGAUGGGUUUUCAAUUAAUUCUUUAAAUGAAGCAGAUAAUGAAUUUGAAAAUAAUUUAUUUUCUUCAGAUUCUGAUUUUGACGAGGAUUUUGAUACCAAUGAUCAACUUAAAAUUAGUGGUUCGUUUGAUAUGUUUGAGGACAAAGAUUGUAUUUUAAAACCAUUAGCGAAAUGGGCAGUGACUUAUAAUAUCACUCUUAUUUCUUUGUCUUCAUUACUAAAAGUAUUAAAAGGUCAUAAAUGUUUUAAAGAUAUCCCACUUGAUGCUAGAACUGUGUUAAAAACAAAUAAACCUAAUCAAUGUAAUGAUAUUCAAAUUGUGUCACCUGGCUUAUAUUAUCAUUUUGGGGUUGCUAAUGGCUUAAAUUGUCUUGGUGAUAUGCUAAUGAAUUUUGAUGAUGUUAUUAAAAUUGUAAUAGGAAUUGACGGAUUACCCCUUACAAAAAGUUCCUCAAGCACAUUUUGGCCAAUUUUAGGAUAUGCUCGAUACCCAGCUAUUAAUUCUUAUAGUCAACAUAAUAUAAUAUUUAUAAUAGGGUUGUACUGGGGAAGAGAAAAACCUCAAUCUUGUAAUGAUUAUUUAAAAUAUUUGGUGUCUGAACUUAAAGAUUUGUAUACAAAUGGCAUGCAAACAAAGUUUGGUAAAAAAAUUGUGAUAGUUGAUACUUUUUGUUGUGACUGCCCUGCUAAGAGUUUCAUUUUAUCUGUAAAAGGUCACGCUGGAUAUUCAUCCUGUAUAAGAUGUAGAAUAGAAGGAGAACGUAUAAACAAUACAACAUGUUUUUUGGGAACCAACUUUUCUAAAAGAACUCAUUCAGAUUUCUUAAAUCGUGUGGAUGAUGAUCACCAUAUCACUUCUACUGUUUCUAUACUUACAGAAAUACCAGGUAUAAAUAUAGUUGAAGAUUUUAGUCUUGACUAUAUGCAUUUGGUAUGUUUAGGGGUUAUGAAAAAAAUGCUAUUACUCUGGUUAGGUGUAUCAAAAAAUGCUCCUGUCAAUGUCCGUAUUCCAAGUCGAAGUGUAAACAGUAUUUCAAAUCAUUUAUUGUUAUUAAAUACGUUUGUACCUAGUGAUUUUUCAAGAAAAUGUAGAGGGUUAAAUGAAAUUUGCCGGUUUAAAGCAACUGAGUUUAGAUUAUUUUUAUUAUAUACAGGACCUGUGGUCUUAAAAGAUAUUUUAAAUAAUGAAUGUUAUUUUCAUUUUUUGUGUUUACACAUCAGUUUUAGAGUUCUCUUAUGUCCUGGUAGUUCUGAAAAGUUAGUGAAUUUCAGUGAAAAACUAAUUAAAUAUUUUGUUGAAAAUUUUAGUGAAAUAUAUGGUCCUCAGUUUAUUUCUCAUAAUGUGCAUGGAUUAUUGCACAUAGUUGAUGAUUAUAGAAAAUUUAAAUCGCUUGAAGAGUGUUCAUGUUUUCCUUUCGAGAAUUACAUGAAAGUUUUAAAAAAAAUGGUCCGGAAGCACGAAAAACCACUUGAACAAGUUAUUAACCGCUAUCAUGAAUCUUUAUUAUUUAACCAACCAAUUGUUUUGAAAUCUCAAAAAAAAAUUAUUUAUAAAAAACCUUACAGUUAUGGACCUUCAGUAUUUGAGCACUUAACCGUUCCACAUUUCCAGAUAGUUUUUAAAAAUAAUAUUAAAAUAAAUAUUAAGUCUUCAUCCGACAGCUAUAUUGGGUUCACAGAUGAAACAGGUCUUAAAAUUGUUAAGGUUUUUAAUAUAUGUCGUGAUUCUAUGACAGAAAAAUAUGUUUUUGUAGUUAAGCAUUUUGAAACUAUUGGCAUUUUUUUUGAUAAACCCAUCAGUAGUCUUAAAUUAGGUAUUGCUGUGGUAAAAAAUUUAUCAGAAUUUUAUUCCACCAUAGACAUUGAGAAUACUGAAUUUGUAAAAUAUAUGAUAUUGUCUAGUAAUAGUAAUUUAAAUGUUGCAUAUCCUAUUUUACAUUUAUUUAAUUUUUGA